AUGCUCGUAACCAGUGAUGAAGCUUCGAGUAGUGUGCUGGAUUCUGGAAAUGAAGAGUUCAUCGCCGAAGGGCAAACGGCCGUUCAGUUGAAAUUUGUGGAUUCUGAAGCCGAGAUGAAGUCAGCAAAAGGAUACCACCCGGAAUUUGUUCAUCAGCACUUUGGCGAUAAUGAAACGAUAUUCGGUUACAAGAAUCUCGAAGUGACUCUAUACUAUACGGAUGCUUCGAUGUAUAUCUAUCCUCAAAUCAAAUAUGAUAAGGAAAUAUCGUCAGUGUCGAAGGAACUCAAGGCUGAUAACAUAAUAGAACUGUUGAAAAAUCAACUUCCAUCGGCUGAGAUGAAUACAAUGGUGUCAUCGUUGGACAUCUUCAGAAAGCAUCUCAACCAGCAACGUUCAUUCAGGCCAUUCGGCGAAUUGAUAGCAAAAUUCGAUUUUGAUGGUCGUGAGAUGCAAGUGUGGAAAAUUAGCGAAAGUUCACCGCAAUUCGAUGCGUAUUUGGCUCGUGCACAAACACUGGCGUUGUGGUACAUUGAUGCAGCACAAUACACUGACAACGAUGACCCAAGAUGGCAACAUUAUUUCGUGUAUGUUCUCUGCUUUUUGUGGAAGGGAGUGGAAUCAGAUCAGAUAUGA